AUGGGUGAUAUGAUAUAUGAAGAACUGGAGGAUUUAAUGCAUUUUUCAGUCCACGAUUUACCAGGUCGUGGAUAUGCUGUUAUGGAGGAGAUCAGAAGACAAGGAAAACUCUGCGAUGUCACCCUGAAGGUAGGUGUGACGUUAGCCUAGUAGCUAGCCAAGCGCACUACAGUAGUUUGAGAAAACAGCUAGCCGGCUAACGUUAUCUUGCUAGCAGUAGAAUUGAGGCAAGCUAGCUAGGUAACUAACGUUAGCUAGCUAGCUGCAGAGCCUUCUAUUUGCAACUAGAAGGCUCUAGCCUAGGUUAUUGGCUAAGCAGCAUAGCUAGCUCCUGUACCUACUGACUGUAAUGCAUUAAAUGAAUGUAGAAGUCGCGGUUAUCGUGCCAAAUAUGUAGUUAUCUAACACAUUUAGCCCUUCCCUUUCAAUUGUCAUGGUAGUUUUAUCCACGAUUUGGCUGCCCAACUUGCUAGCAGACUCACCCUAUGUCCGGAAGAACCAACAAAAGCUUUAGCCAGAGGGAGUUUUAGUUCGUUAGCUAGCUAGCACCAACUGAAGUCUACUCUAACGUUAACGUUACAGCCAAUGCUGAGAUUUAAAAAAAUUUUUUGCUGUGAUGGUGAAGCACCACACUAUGGUCAGGAGUACGUUUACUAAAACGUAAAGGUUAUCUUUAGUACUAACAUCAUCUUGACUGUUUUUGGGAAACUCAUCCCUGGUGUCUAGCUAGCUAUAGCUAUGGCCUCUCAAGAAAGGUUUAGCCAACUGCUUACUAACGUAUACAAUACAUAGCCUGAAGCUGAAUUAGAAGAAUAUAACGUAGCUUGCGUUGUAGUAACUAGUCCAGUAUGCCUUGCUUUCAGACAAAUAUGGACUACUGACCAUUGUUAUCUCAGAUUGUAGUAUUCUCGAAUCAAAUUAACAUGACUAGCCAGCCAUCGCCCAUAUCUUCACAAACCUCGCGCUGACUGUCUGUCAAUUGUCCUCAAAUCUCUGGCUUUAAUACCUGCAGCAUCAACUUAAAGUUCACAUUACAUGUGGUUUAUGUGGUCAGUAGGACCUUUGUCAGGGAAACAGCAGAGGUUCAUUUGCUCUUCUGUCCCUCCCCCGGGAUGCACCUGCCCUAUUAAUAAGCACCAUCAUUAUGAUAAGCUGCAGCGUACAGUCCUGUAGCCUACAUAUCUAGUGGGCCAUAUUCUGUAAUGCAUGACCUCCAGCGAGCCUUCACUCUGGCUUAACAUAGACUAUUAGGUUAGUUGACCUUUAGUGCACUUUCUCUUUCACAUGACCUGCACUGCAUGUCCUACAUGAAGGCGACUUCAUGCCUUGACCUUAUAGAUAUUGGUUAGGCCUAACUGUCAGUGCACCCACCUCAUGCAAGAUGUCUCUUUUGAUUGUAUAGUUUUUAAUAAAAAUAAACACACGUGAGUAGCCUAAUGAAUACAAUAGGCUAUAGUCUUAAGUUAGUGUCUCCAAGGGGAAAGCAAUGGUCACAUGGUAAAAUUAAGUUCUGAUUAUUACAAUUCUGUCAAAUGAAAGUACUUGAGGUGCGCUUGAUUUAGCUUGGAGUAUGCACUUUUGAUGCUAUUCCAUUUGUUCCAUUCUACUGUAUGGAACAUGUAUUUGACAGGCUAUGUAUUUGACCCAUGUCUGGACUAAAUCACUUGCUUGUAUCGUCCUUGCAGGUUGGAGACCACAAGUUCAGCGCUCAUAGGAUUGUUCUGGCCGCCUCCAUCCCUUACUUCCAUGCCAUGUUUACGAAUGACAUGGUAGAGUGCAAGCAAGAUGAGAUUGUAAUGCAAGGGAUGGACCCUAGGUAAGGCCCCUAUAGCCUACUCACUAAGCAGCACUGAGUGAGAUUAAUCUAGGGGAAUAUCUAUUAUAUUUAUACUGAACAAAAAUAUAAACGCAACAUGUAAAGUUCAGCUUAUUUCAUGAGCUGAAAUAAAAGAUCCCAGACAUUUUCCAUACGCACCCAAAAAUUAUUUAUCUAAAAUUUUGUGCACAAAUUUGUUUACAUCCCUGUUAUUGAGUAUUUCUCAUUUGCCAAGACAAUUCAUCCACCUGACAAGUGUGGCAUAUCAAGAAGCUGAUUAAACAGCAUGAUCAUUACAUAGGUGCACCUUGUGCUGGGGACAAUAAAAGGCCACUUUAAAAUGUGCAGUUUUGUCACACAACACAAUGCCACAGAUGUUUCAAGUUUUGAGGGAGCGCGAAAUUGGCAUGCUGACUGCUGAAAUGUCCACCAGAGCUGUUGCCAGAGAAUUUAAUGUUAAUUUCUCUACCAUAAGUCGCCUCCAACAUCGUUUUAGAGAAUUUAGCAGUACGUCCAACUGGCCUCACAACCACAGACCACUUGUAACCACGCCAGCCCAGGACCUUCACAUCCGGCUUCUUCACCUGCGGGAUCGUCUGAGACCAGCCACCCAGACAGCUGAUGAAACUGUGGGUUUGCACAACUAAAGAAUUUCUGCACAAACUGAAUCCGUCUCAGGGAAGCUUAUCUGCAUGCUCGUCGUCCUCACCAGGGUCUUGACCUGACUGCAGUUUGGUAUUGUAACCGACUUCAGUGGGCAAUGCUCACCUUUGAUGGCCACUGGCACGCUGGAGAAGUGUGCUCUUCACAGAUGAAUCCCGGUUUCAACUGUACUGGGCAGAUGGCAGUCGUGUGGGCGAGCGGUUUGCUGAUGUCAACGUUGUGAACAGUGUGCACAAUGGUGGCGGUGGGGUUAUGGUAUGGGCAGGCAUAAGCUACGGACAACGAACACAAUUGUAUUUUAUCAAUGGCAAUUUGAAUGCACAGAGAUAUUGUGACGAGAUCCUGAGGCCCAUUGUCAUGCCAUUCAUCAGCCGCCAUCACCUCGUGUUUCAGCAUGAUAAUGCACGGCCCCAUGUUGCAAGGAUCUGUACACAAUUCCUGGAAGCUGAGAAUGUCCCAGUUCUUCCAUGGCCUGCAUACACACCAGACAUGUCACCCAUUGAGCAUGUUUGGGAUGCUCUGGAUCGAUAUGUACGACAGCGUGUUCCAGUUUCCGCCAAUAUCCAGCAACUUCGCACAGGAGUGGGACAACAUUCCACAGGCCACAAUAAACAGCCUGAUCAACUCUAUGCGAAAGAGAUGUUUUGCGCUGCAUGAGGCAAAUAGUUGUCACACCAGAUACUGACUGGUUUUCUGAUCCACGCCCAUACUUUUUUUUUAAAGGUAUGUGACCAACAUAUGCAUAUCUGUAUUCCUAUUCAUGUGAAAUCCAUAGAUUAGAGCCACAUUUAUUUAUUUAAAUUGACUGAUUUCCUUAUGAACUGUAACUCAGUAAAACCUUUGACAUUGUUGCAUGUUGUAUUUAUAUUUUUAUUAAUUGUAUAUAUAUCUUGUUGAAAUUAAUGAUUUUGUAUGUUUUUGGGGGAUUUAAUUAUGUUAAAAUGACUCAUUAAACGAUUAAUUUGUGUUAAAAGAACAGAGCAAUUAAAUUGAAGUAAAGGUCACUUAUUUCAAUUUAUUUAUGUAAAAGCAACUCAAUUAAUUAAAAUUGCCCUGACAGUAAUUUGCAAUAUUGCUCUGUGACUGGAGGAUUGUGGGAACCUUAAUAUGAAAAAUGUACAUUGCAUGAACUUGAAUAAAAUAUGUUGGAUCAAGAAGAUUGAGUUUAAUUAAACAUACACUAUAUAUACACAAGUAUGUGGACACCCCUUCAAAUUAGUGGAUUCGGCUAUUUCAGCCACACCUGUUGCUGACAGGUGUAUAAAAUUGAGCACACCGCCAUGCAAUCUCCAAAGACAAACAUUGGCAGUAGAAUGGCAUUACUGAAGAGCUCAGUGACUUUUAACGUGGCACCGUCAUAGGAUGCCACCUUUCCAACAAGUCAGUUCAUCAAAUUUCUGCCCUUCUAGAGCUGCCCCGGUCAACUGUAAGUGCUGUUAUUGUGAAGUGGAAACAUCUAGGAGCAACAACGGCUCAGGCAGGCAAGUGUUAUACCACACAAGCUCACAGAAUGGGACCGCAGAGUGCAGAAGGGCGUAGUGUGUAAAAAUCGUCUGUCCUCGGUUGCAACACUCACAAAACUGUUCGUCGGAAGCUAAAUUAAAUGGGUCUCUAUGGCCGAGCAGCCGUACACAAGCCUAAGAUCACCACGUGCAACGCCAAGGGUCGGCUGGAGUGGUGUAAAGCGCGGCGCCAUUGGACUCUGGAACAGUAGAAACGCGUUCUAUGGAGUGAUGAAUCACGGUUCACCAUAUGGCAGUCCGACGGACGAAUCUGGGUUUGGUGGAUGCCAGGAGAACACUACCUGCCCCAAUGCAUAGUGCCAACUGUAAAGUUUGGUGGAGGAGGAAUAAAUAAAGGGCAAGGCCCCAUAAGUCCAUAUCUUAACGCUACAGCAUACGAUGUAAUUCUAGACGAGUCUGUGCUUCCAACUCUGUGGCAACAGUUUGGGGAAGGCCCUUUCCUGUUUCUUUCUUUAUUUAAUCCUUAUUUUUAUGUAAGUUGACUGAGAACACAUUGUCAUUUACAGCAACGACCUGGGGAAUAGUUAGAAUGGUGAGGAGGGGGGAUGAAUGAGCCAAUUAGAAGCUGGGGGUGUUUAGGUGGCCAUGAUGGUAUGAGGACCAGAUUGGGAAUUUAGCAAGGACCCCCUACUCUUACGAUAACACACGUUUAACAUCCCAUCCGAAAGACGGCGCCCUACACAGGGCAAUGUCCCCAAUCACUGCCCUGGGGCAUUGGGAUAUUAUUUUUUUUGACCAGAGGAAAGAGUGCCUCCUACUGGCCCUCCAACAUCACUUCCAGCAGCAUCUGGUCUCCCAUCCAGGGACCGACUAGGACCAACCCUGCUUAGCUUCAGAGGCAAGCCAACAGUGGGAUGCAGGGUGGUAUGCUGCUGGAUUCAGCAUGACAAUGCCCCUGUGCACAAAGCGAGGUCCAUACAGAAAUGGUUUGUCGAGAUCGGUGUGGAAGAACUUGACUGGCCUGCACAGAGCCCUGACCUCAACCCCAUUGAACACCUUUGGGAUGAAUUGGUACGCCGACUGCGAGCCAGGCCUAAUCGCCCGACAUCAGUGCCCAAAAUCACUAAUGCUCUUGUGGCUGAAUGGAAGCAAGUCCCCGCAGUAAUGUUCCAAUAUCUAGUGGAAAGCCUUCCCAGAAGGGUGGAGGCUGUUAUAGCAGGAAAGAGGGAAACAACUCUAUAUUAAUGCCCAUGAUUUUGGAAUGAGAUGUUUGAAGAGCAGGUGUCCACAUACUUUUGGUCAUGUAGUGUAAUAACAUAUUUUAAAUUGAUCCUUGUGUGUGAUUGGCUGGACCAGAAACAACCCCUCACCCUAGCCAAUAUUAAUCAGUGUUAUAGCACAUUAAAAUCAGUUACAACGUUAUCACUUUCCUUUUGAAAAUAAAUGGUUGAAGUCGUGCACACAGGAUGUUUCAAGUCAUAUAAGUGUGUUAUUCUGACAAUUCACAACAUGUUCAACAAAGUAGUCUAAAUACUUUUUCUGUAAAAUGGUCCUGUUUUAAAGAUGCACUAUGCAGAAAUCGCUCCGCCAUUUCCUGGUUGCUAAAAUUUUAAUAGUUCAUCUAAUUUCAGUUUGUGACAAAACAAGCAAGUAUAGUGUAGAGAAUCAUUGUACCAUCUAAACCGCUGUGAAUUAUUGUAUUUUCAGCUGUUUGAAUCUGGUGUACAAAACCAAAAGUAAAAGACACAAAAACUAAACUGAAGAACUGGAAGCAUAGAAAUAGCACACAUAACAGAUCUACAACUUUUAAAACUUGCUUUCAAUGAGAAUGACAGAUCUAUAACUUACAUUUCUAUGUGAAUUUGGUCAGGUCGCCCAAAAAGUUACAUAUUGCAGCUUUAAGUUGAUUCCCUCCUCGAAGCACCUGCAACCCAGUGAUUAUGCAUGCAUACUUGUAUGAAACAAGAAAUCCAAUCAUUAAGUCUCUGGAUUCCUCUCUUCUUUGGGUGGGAACCGCCUAUAAAACCCAAUAAAAUGUGUUGUUGCUUGACCACGAGACACUUGUGUUCAGUCUGCAUGGUCAAUGCAGCACAUGCAACAGUGUUGAUGACAAUGUUGUUGUUUCCACUUUUGCUUCUAAAUAUAAACCUACAAGUGUUCUAUAAUUACACUAUUAGUUUGUUUCUUACAUCUGCAAACAGCUAGUUUGUCUUUUCUUAACAAGUUUUAGCUAAAUUGCGUUAGCCGCUAACACUAAUCGCUAGUUAGCUGGCUAGCUAGCUAAUAAAUGAACUGAGUCAGAGCAAAUGUAGCUAGCUGUACAGCCUGAUACCAGUGCUGGUGUAGGCCUAAAUCAGCAUGUUGUUUGUGCAACAGUAUCUUCUAAAUCAGAGAGGAAAAGGCGAAGCAUGAAUAUGUUGGCUACAUUAAGAAACAUUUUAAUGUAGCCAAACAUUAUAGGGUCCCCUAGGAAACACUGAGCAACAUUUUUGGGUACCUACCCUGUCACAAUAACUCAUUCCUGGAAUUGUAAUUUGUCAUGUCAAACAAAACUGUAUUCAAGGUGCCCACUAUUAUUUAUAUUCUAUUCUAACUAUAUAAUUAGAAUAAAGAUAUUUCCAUGAUUCCAACAGUUCACCCAAGUGCAACAUUUGUUUAAAAAUAAGGCCUCGAUUUUUGUGGGCCCAUAUUGUGUAGCCCUACGUAGCAGUGUGGAAAUUAUCGCAAAUGAGUGCAGGAAAUGUAGAAAUUGAUGAAAAUGUUUAAUUGAACAGUAUUAAACAAUCAGAAUGGAGAAAGACCCAUUGAAAUCACUUAUGUAUGUGUUGCCACCCUAGGAUCACGCACUACUCAUAAAGCAAAUGUUUUACUUUUUUAUUAUUCAAAAACAUAAUAUUGUCAAAUACCGCCAUACCAUAAAUUUUUUUGAAAAUACUGUGAUGAUUUUUGGGCCAUAUCGCCCAGCCCUACGAUUCGCUUCAUUGUUUCACGCAAGUACACAAUUGCAAUCAUUGGACUAGCUUCCAGCUAGCUUACAGGUGCGUCGAAGAGGGAAUUAACUUUUUAUAGAAAAUGUAUUUACUUUAUUUAACAUUUUUGAACAUGGUGUGCAUUGUUAGGCAAUGAUCUCAGCAGUGCAGCUGUAAAUUGGUGUUAGAUUAUGAACUAAGGAGGGGCAAUAUCAACGAUGUAAUUAAUUUGAAUUUGUUACAGUGUUGAUUGGUAUUGAUUAGUACCCCUUAUCGCUUGAGUAGACCUAGAUCUGAAAGGAUUGGAUAGGUAUUAAAGGUAUCGGUAGCACUUUACUUGACACCCAGUGACAUACAGUCAUAACAACAUCAUAUGUCAUAACUGACAACUUGUCAUAACCUGUCAUAAUAUGGUCAUAACACUAUCAUGACAUAUAUUUAGACCUGUUGUGACAUACAGUGCAUUCGGAAAGUAUUCAGACCCUUUACUCAGUACAUUGUUGAAACACCUUUGGCAGCGUUUACAGCCUUGAGUCUUCUUGGGAAUGACGCUACAAGCUUGGCACACCUGUAUUUGGGGAGUUCUCCCAUUCUUCUCUGCAGAUCCUCUCAAGCUCUGUCAGGUUGGAUGGGGAGUGUCGCUGCACAACUAUUUUCAUGUCUCUCCAGAAAUGUUUGAUCGGGUCCAAGUCUGGGCUCUGGCUGGGCCACUCAAGGACAUUCAGGGACUUGUCCCCGAAGCCACUCCUGCGUUGUCUUGGCUGUGUGCUUAGGGUCGUUGUCCUGUUAGACUGGGGCGAAGGUUCACCUUCCAAGGUCCUGGGCGCUCUGGAGCAGUUUUUCAUCGAGGAUCUCUCUGUACUUUGCUCCGUUCAUCUUUCCUUCGAUCCUGACUAGUCUCCCAGUCCCUGCCGCUGAAAAACAUCCCCACAGCAUGAUGCUGCCACCAUCACCAUUGCCACCAUCACCAUGCUUCACCGUAGGGAUGGUGCCAGGUUUCCUCCAGACGUGACGCUUGGCAUUCAGGCCAAAGAGUUCAUUCUUGGUUUCAUCAGACCAGAGAAUCUUGUUUCUCAUGGUCAGAGUCCUUUACGUGCCUCUUGGCAAACUCCAAGCGGGCUGUCAUGUGCCUUUUACUGAGGAGUGGCUUCCAUCUGGCCACUCUACCAUAAAGGCCUGACUGGUGGAGUGCUGCAGAGAUGGUUGUCCUUCUAGAAGGUUCUCCCAUCUCCACAGAGGAACUCUAGAGCUCUGUCAGAGUGACCAUCAGGUUCUUGGGCACCUCCCUGACCAAGGCCCUUCUUCCCCGAUUGCUCAGUUUGGCCGGGUGGCCAGCUCUAGGAAGACUCUUGGUGGUUCCAAACUUCUUCCAUUUAAGAAUGAUGUAGGCCACUGGGUUCUUGGGGGACCUUCAAUGCUGCAGAAAUGUUUUGGUACCCUUCCCCAGAUCUGUGCCUCGACACAAUCCUGUCUCGGAGCGCUACAGACAAUUCCUUCGACUUCAUGGCUUGGUUUUUGCUCUGACAUGCACUGUGAACUGUGGAACCUUAUAUAGACAGGUGUGUGUGCAUUUCCAAAUCAUGUCCAAUCAAUUUAAUUUACCACAGGUGGACUCCAAUCAAGUUGUAGAAAUAUCUCAAGGAUGAGCAAUGGAAACAGGGUGCACCUAAGCUCAAUUUCGAUUCUCAUAGCAAAGGGUCUGAAUACUUGUAAGAUAUUUCUGUUAUUUGUAAUAAUUUUGCCAAAAAUGUCUACACCUGUUUUCACAUUAUGGGGUAUUGUGUGUAGAUUGAUGAGGAACAUUUUUUAUUUAAUCAAUUUUAGAAUAAGACUGUAAGGUACAAAAUGUGGAAAAAGUCAAUGGGCCUGAAUUCCUACCGAAUGCACUGGGCUCCCGAGUGGUGCAGCGGUCUAAGGCACUGCAUGUCAGUGCUUGAGGCGUCACUACAGACCCCCUGGUUCGAUUCCAGGCUGUAUCACAACCGGCCGUGAUUGGGAGUCCCAUAGGGUGGCGCACAAUUGUCCCAGCAUCGUCCGGGUUUGGCCGGUGUAGGCCGUCAUUUUAAAUAAGAAUUUGUUCUUAACUGACUUGCCUAGUUAAAUAAAGGUAAAAUAAAAAUUAAUUAAUAUUGCGUUAUUUUAUGGCUGGUUAUGACACCUACAUUGGUGUCAAAACCCACAAAACCUACCACACAAGGCUAAACAUUCCAUUACACCAUAGUCUACGUGUCAACAGUUUUAUAUAUCAUUGUAAUUGUGCACACGUUGAUGUCAGACAUGCACCUACCCCAAUGCUCUGUUGCUGAUGACUGUGAUGAAUGCAGGAGCAGAUAUCAGGAGCAGCACCAGACACUGUCAUGACCCAUAUAUUUACACCUGUUGUGAAUUAUGUUGCGUUAUACAACGCGUAGGUCUAAUCCUGAAUGCUUAUUGGUUAAAACCUCAUUCCAGCCGGUGUCUUUUCCACAAGUUACCACCGGAUAAAUCUAUGACGUUAAAAUGCCUAUUUACUCUGUUCCAUCUGACUGCGCAAUCCGCUGUCUCAUCAGCCCUGCUAGGCAAUUUAUAAACUUGAUCUCCACUAUAAAAAGCAUCUAGACAUUAUCUCACAUUUAUUUUAGAAUAAUAUUUAGUUUUCAACAGCAGAGAUUUGUAUAAACCUUGCUGUUUGUCUCGCCGACAUUUGCAACAUUGUUUCAAUAUUCAAAUUCGAUCUCCAGCUGUUCCAUAGUAAUGAACUUGUUGGGCUGAGACAGAUGUGCAGGAAGCUUUUCUCAGCCAGUCGAAUUCACAAAUCAGCAUAAUUUUUAUGGAUAUAUACAAAGAACUAUCAAUAGGAAACAGGUAAAAUGAAACAAAGUGCAGACAGUUUGCAAUCUUUCCAGCUUCAGUUUGAAGUGAUUGUGUUUGCGGUGUUGUUGGCUAGCUCUCGAACAACAGUGUCCUGACGAGAGAGCACAUUUUCUAUACCAGGUAAAAUCGCGCAUCAUUAGGUCAUUGUUAUGGAUGUAUCCAAAUAAGUGUCACUACAUAAGUGUCAAAACCCACAUUUAUUCAAAAUAUUUUUUUCCCAGACAAUAAAUGUCAUUUUGUUUGACAGUUUCUUAAAUAUAUAUAUAUAUAUAUAUAUUUUCUGUAAUAAAUCUUUAGUCAUGUUUUUUUCCAUCAUAUUUUAAAUAACGUGUAGAACAUACACUUUAUGACACUGUCAUGAAGCACUAUGACCAUCCUGUGUCACUUUACUUGGACUAAGAAAAUACACUUUGACACUGUCACAAAGCAUUAUGACAUCAUAAUCAUAUAAGCCAGAUAGGCCUAUCACGUACAUGCCCUUAUGUUAGUCAUCAGUCAAGAAGAGGGUGUCUUGUCCUGCUCCUGAAAUCUGCUCCUGCAUUCAUCCCAUUCAUCAGCAACAGAGCACUGGGGUAGGGUGUAGGAGCUUAGGGUUGUUUCUGGACUGGGCCACAGUGCUGCCCCCUUACUUUAGGUGUCACUUCUUUCUUUUUCCCCUUGGCAGUGCACUUGAAGCUUUGAUUAAUUUUGCGUAUAAUGGCCAUGUGGCCAUCGACCAGCAGAACGUCCAGUCCCUGCUGAUUGGAGCCAGCUUUUUGCAGCUGCAGAAUGUCAAGGAUGCCUGCUGCUCCUUCCUCCAGGAAAGGUGUGUUCCCACACAUGCAUUAUACACACACACACACAAAUGUAAUUGGUCCUUGAAAAAUGGAAAUGCAUGUGCCAUGUGUUUGCUGAUUUUAUAUUGA